GGACGGACCGUAUUUGUUGCCUGACUUCGAUUUGUAAUAACUGUUUGACUUUUAUUUGCUUUGUUAUGUAUAUUUAAUACUCGAUUUGGCUGCCUUCAUUCACUACCUUAGCAGUAGAGCAUAAGGGGAUACAAUGAAACACACAUUGAUAGCAAUUACACGGCAUGACUUAAUAUUAGUUUAGCAUAACAACAUAUUUAAAAUACGAGUUACCUGUAUACUGCACCGAACAAAAUGCAGUAGGAUUAUACAGAAUGUUAUCACUCAUCUCAAAAGAUGUAUUCGGUUGUAUUUUAAGAGUAACACUGUUGAUUUAGGUUGAAUUGACAAUUCUAUUUAUGUGUCAAUUGUUUUGUUUGAAUUGAGCGUAGCUAGUGUAGACUUAGCAGAAGGAAAUGGCAGAGACGGUGCAGGAAGGGACAGAAGUUCUCCCUACAAGUGUCAUUGUAAAAGAGGAGAAAAGCCCGCGCAAGGAAGAAGAGGAGGAGGAGAAUGAUGAAGAAGACCUGCCCCAUGCCGAAUUCUUGGACAUCUUUGAUGAAGGGCUGGCGAGGAUAGUCCAGGACCCUCUGCUUUGUGACCUACCCAUCCAGGUCACAUUGGAAGAGAUCAAUUCCCAGGUGGCUUUGGAGUAUGGCCAGGCAAUGACUGUCCGAGUCUGCAAGGAUGAUGGUGAAGUUAUGCCGAUUGUGGUGGUGCAGAAUGCUACAGUGCUGGACCUGAAGAAAGCUAUUCGCAGGUUCAUGGAGCUGAAGCAGCAGCGAGAAGGAGGAGUGAAGCACAUCAGCUGGCGGUAUGUCUGGAGAACCUUCCAUCUGGUUUUUGACGGAGAGAAACUGGAAGACGACAAGGUGAAACUAAAAGAUUAUGGCAUAAGGAACAGAGAUGAGGUGACUUUUCUCAAGAAGCUAAAGAAGAAGUGAAUCCAGCCAGAAACAAAAACAACGGGGAAAACCUGCAGCCACCAACUAUUCCUGAAGAACUGGUCUUCACCCCAGUCUACAAUGCAUCCAGAUCAUCAGUACAUCAACAAUCUGAUUAAGGGUGGAUCAGAGGUUAGGGCUUUUGUCUCUCCGGGAUAGUCCUCGGCAGACGCUGACUUCCUAAUGGGACAGGAGAGACAUUUCUAGGACUUUUUCAUGAACUCUCCAGAAGGGGACCAGUGGUCCUGUUUGACCUAAAAGGUCCACAAAGACCCUUAUUUAAUGACCUACUGUAAGCAACAUAUAUGUUGAGGAGGACAAUAAAAUAUGUACUAGGACGAUACAUUUACACUGUGCCUUAGUUUUACAUACCCAGGAUAUGCAUUUUGUAUCCUGUUUUUAAGAGACUUGUACAUUUUUCACAGUUUAUUUCUUAAAUAUGUUAAUGUCAGUGGUUUAAAGUUGCUGACCAAUUGUUUCUGAUUUUGUGAGUGCAUUGUAAUCUGCUUUGGGCAAAUGACGGUAUCUGUUUGUGAUCUUACAUUUGCAGCGGACUGACUAUUUGUACACAGCCUGCAGUAAACACCACCUUUCUACCAUACUGAAAGUAAAAAUAAAUAAAUAAAUAAAUAAAAUAAAAAACCAACAAGAAUCCUUCAUUCAUUAGAAUUAUGCUGACCCCUGCAGGUGAGACAUGGUAUUAGUUAGCUACCUGGGGUGUAAUAUGCUUUCCCCAAUUCAAAGGUAGGCAUCUUAAUAAGGUGGAAGGCAGGUGGGCCCUAUUUCAUUGAUCUUCAAAACCAUUUAAAUUCAUCUAAAUGUUUUGAUAAACAGCAAUACACCAAGGCCAGUUAGCUUUCAACAGCAACACUAUGAACCAAACAAGGGCCUGCUGUGGUUUAAAACAUUACAAUAUGGCUAAUGUUGUUUUUUUCAGGCCACAGUGUCACAUACUUUAAAUAUUGCAUAGAGGUAGGGUUAUUUUUCUGCCCAUCAUGUUUUCCAUUGGUGGAGUUGGUACACAAUAGGUGACUGUUCAGCUCCUGGCAUCAUCAGGUCUACCAAAGCAGGCUAUUUAAAUAAAUAUCUAUGCCAGCCCUGUGUGUAAUUAACUGGGUUGCUUGUUCCUCUUUUUGCUGGAGUUGGACAGGUACGUGUA